CCGCCAAACGGCAGUGCCUUACGCGGCGUGCUCGCGGUCAUACGUGUCUUAUGUCGUGAUAGUUCAGUGAGUGAGUGCAGCCAUGGGUUGCGCCCGGGGGCUCUGCACCGCUGAGAAGAUCUUCAUAUUCAUCAACAUAGCAUUCGCGAUGUACGCGGGAGCGCUGCUGGCGACUGCCGCCCGGCUGGCGUGGGACCCCAGCACAUAUACGUGGUUCAGAUUCCUGUGUGCAGCGCAGUACAGGGUGUCCGCCGCAUACGUGCUGCUUGCUGGUCUCUGGCUGAUUGCUCUGGUUUACAUCGCGGCAGCUGCACGUCGAGCUGCCUGCCUUCAUAUCUAUGCGGGCGGCGUGGCUUGCUUAGCAGUAAGCGAGGUGGCGUACGGCGCGUGGAUGGCGGCGUCCCUUGCGGCAUGGUGGCGCAGCGCCCCGCAGGCGGAACUCGCGCGGCGGGCAAUGGAUCUCGUACAUGACUUGAAGCCCGCAUUGCUCGCCGUCGAACGGUACAGGGACAUCGCCAGACCGAUAUAUGACAUUAUUGAGGAAGUGGAACGUGAAGCGCCCAAUAACGUUGUCGUCAUCAUCAUAUUCGGUAUAGUCGGAAUGAUUUUGCAGAUAGCAGCAUUCGUGAUGGCGCGUCGUCUAGCAGUACGGCGACGUAGCGCAGCAGAAGCUGGCCUAGGAGUCAGUGCGGCGAGCUGCAGCAGCGUGGAGCUGGAGAAGCGGCCGUGCGGGCCAGCAGCACACGAUGAAGACAGCGACGCGGAGCCCGCGCCAGCGCUGCCCGGCUGCCGCAAGAACGCCAAUCUACGCAUGUACACUAUAUUAGACAAGAUUUUCUAGCAGGACGAAAUGGAAGCAGGCGCGGUCAGUAGUAGUAGGGGGCGGCCGCGCCGCAAAGGGAGGCGUCGUGCGCGCGCGGACGCCGCCGCGGGAAUGAGUCGUGACGCGCGGUGGGACGCCGUGCACGCGCAGUUCCGCGCUUCACGCACCCCCCGCGUACCCACCGCACCCCCCGCGCCCACUGCACCCACCGCACCUCCUGCACCCCCCGCGCCACACGCCGCACUACUAAUACUGCGGACUGAGCUUUAAGAGAAUGCACUACUCAUACUAUAGAAGUGGUAUUAUUAAACCAAUACUACGUGAAUGAGAUCGUCACAACACUAUUGCUUCACAUUCGAACUAGUCAGUGGUUAUAUAAAAAUGGAGUUUUGAACCUUAUUGUCUUAAGUUAAAGUCCAUUCUUCUGUUAUCUUGACAUGUUCGAAUGUCAAACAAUAGUGUUGUGAAGAUCUCAUUCUCGUACAGAAUUGGUUUAAUAGUACCACUUCUAUAGUAUGAGUAGAACGUUAUAAUAAUGUGUUUGGUAAAUAAAUACUGGUAAUUAAAUUCAGACGAACACUGCCAUCUCGAGAUAUCUCGGGUAUCGUCUUCCUAGCUAAUGUUGACUUUGACUUAUGUUUUUAACAUCAAAUAUCGCAUUUACGAACAAAUCUUAAUCGAAACUUUUAACGAAUUAUCCGAAUUUCGCUGUAAUAAUCGAAUAGUUGUCGAUUAUAUAUCAGCGAAAUUCGAUUACUAUAGAUAUUAGAAUAUAAGACAAACCAUAUCAAUAGAACAAAUAUUUCUAAUUUUAGUUUUAAUAUUCGUAAGUUUGCUUCGUGCGGACUAUUUACUACUUUAUUCCUAGUAUGUUAGUUUUAUACAUAUUUUUAUAUUAAAAAUGAUGUUAUAGAAAGUUUAGAGUAGAUACGUUGAUGCUCACUAGGGAUGAUCGAUGUUAAAUAGGUUGAUAUCGAUAUUAAUAAAAAUAUUUGUACAAUCAUCGAUAUGUCAAACUAUACUGUUUCUUAUAUAAUGGAUUUGUAUAACUUUGUCAAGUACCUUUUUGUUUUUAUACAAUUGAUGUUUUUAAUAUCAAUUUACUAGUGUAGUAAACAAAAGUGUUCAGAAAUCGAUAUCUCCUAUCGAAUAUCGAUAUAACAUCGAUAAGUAUCGGCCAUCCCUAGAUCUUGCAUCUUAUUGUUUAUGGUAAAAGUUGUUUACUAUAUGCAUAACCUUUUAAUUAAUCGAAUUAAUGACAAUUCUAUAUUAUAUUGAAAUAAAAAAAAUGUAUUUACGGCACAGCCUUUUCUAAUAGUUUAAA